GCAAACGGCUCUCUUCCCUGCUCCUCUGCUUUGGAAUUCGUGAAGAAGCUUUUUAGAGAGAGAAGCAAGAGAGAGAGAGAGAGAGAGAAAGAGAGGCAUCGAGGAGGGAGGGAGGGUACGGGGUUGUGAUAUUUCCAAUUCGCCACCCAAUCACCAGAUUGGCCACAGCUUUUUCCCGUGUCGUUCACCCCCGUUAGAUUCCUCGCGUUCUCGCCUUAUUCUUUUAUUCUUUUCAUUAUUUGAUUCGUGCUUCCAAGCUUCCCUUUUCCCCCCGCCAUCCCUGGUUUCCCUCUGCAUCUGCUGAAGAAGGAGGAGAAGGAGAGGUACCCAUAGCUUCUCUUGUCGUCCGAGCCUUAAAGUUGCGAACUUUGGCGAGCGUUCGUCGAUCGGAGGGGCUAACUGAGGUUGGGUUCGGUGCUGCUUCGAUUCCGCCGGCCGAUCGCGAAGUGGGUUGGUGUUGGGUGCGAGGGCAUUUCCUAAAGUUGCGAACUUUGGCGAGCGUUCGUCGUGGGAGAGAGAGAGAGAGAGAGGGGAGUCGAGAUCGGAGCUUGCUUCGACCCUAGAUUCCUGCCCCCCUCCUGGUUCUGCGGGCCGAUCGCGAAGUGGGUUGUUGGGCGCGGGGGCAUUUGGGUAAAUUCUCGAGGCGGCCCGAUCCCUCGCCGAGCCUAGAGCCCUAAAUUCGCGAGAUCGAGGCGCGGCCGAAUCGCGAAGGAGGAGGAGGAGGAAUCCGAGGGGACGAGAAAAAAAUGUGGUGGAUGAUGAGCGAGACCGGCGGGCAUUACUGCUCCAAGAAGACCGAUGAUAUCUGCGGCGAUGUCUGCGGCCAGGACUCGGAUCGAGCUUUGAGCUUGUCUAGACUGCGGUGCAUGCUGCGUGGCUUGGAUUUGAAGACGCUUUUGCUGCUGUUGAUUCUUAUCCCGACGUUUAUUCUCGGCAUCUAUAUACAUGGGCAGAAGAUUUCGUACUUCCUGCGGCCAUUAUGGGAGUCGCCACCCAAACCGUUCCACGAAAUCCCGCAUUACUACCAUGAGAACGUGUCCAUGGAGAACCUCUGCAAGCUCCACGGUUGGGGGAUCCGGGAGUUCCCCAGACGUGUCUACGAUGCUGUGUUGUUCAGCAAUGAGCUGGACCUCCUCACUAUCAGGUGGCAAGAGCUGUACCCUUAUAUAACACAGUUUGUUCUCCUCGAAUCGAAUUCGACCUUCACUGGAUUCCCAAAACCUCUGGUUUUUGCUGCCAACAAAGAUCAGUUCAAAUUUGUGGAGCCUCGAUUGACUUACGGUAAUAUUGCGGGGAGAUUUAAGAAGGGGGAGAACCCAUUUGUCGAGGAAGCUUAUCAAAGAAUAAUGUUGGAUCGGCUCCUUAAGCUUGCUGGCAUAACUGAUGAUGAUUUGUUGAUAAUGUCGGACGUGGAUGAGAUUCCGAGCAGACACACUAUCAAUCUCUUGCGGUGGUGCGAUGAAAUCCCACCUGUUCUGCAUCUUCAGCUUAAGAAUUAUCUCUACUCGUUCGAAUUCCUUGUUGAUAAUAAUAGCUGGAGAGCAUCGGUGCAUAGGUAUAAAUCUGGCAAGACGACGUAUGCGCACUAUCGUCAGACGGAUGACCUCUUGGCAGAUGCUGGGUGGCAUUGCAGCUUUUGCUUCCGCCGCAUCAGCGAGUUCAUAUUCAAGAUGAAGGCCUAUAGUCACUUCGAUCGGGUGAGGUUCCCCCACUUUUUGAACCCAAAGAGAGUUCAGAGAGUGAUAUGCAAGGGGGCUGAUCUUUUCGAUAUGCUUCCAGAGGAGCACACGUUCAAGGAGAUCAUUGGGAAGAUGGGACCUGUUCCACAUUCCUUCUCGGCUGUUCACCUUCCUUCAUAUCUCCUGGAAAAUGCUGAGAAGUACAAAUUUCUUUUACCGGGAAAUUGCAUGAGAGAAAGUGGCUGAGAUUUUCAUACUAUGUGUGAGCUCUACGAAGGCUUAAAGCACGGCUUUGUUGACUACUCAUCAGGGGUUCAACGGAUGAGUUUGUCGUCAUGGCAUGUCACUGAUGUAGCUGCUCUGGAUGUCCAGCUGAGAUAUCAUUCUUCCAGGAUUUUUGGGACCAUCUUGGACAUUUAGGUGAGGCUUUGUAAAUAAUCUUUUUCCGGAGUUGGAGAAGCAAUGGUUGCUGGGAGGAGGGCUUGUUGGCCAUGGCGGGAAUUGAUGAAACUUGUUGCUGGGUGUAUUUUUACCUAGGCGUUGGUAUUACAUGCUUUGCCUUGUAUACCAACUGAUAUGACUUCUGUUUUGAGACAAAUUUGUGCGUAAAUGUCUGUCUUGACGAAUUUCAGUUGUACCAUCUGAUUGCCAUUUAUUUAUCUAGUGUUCAUAGAGCUGACAAUAUUUACUUAACCCUGGCUCAUUUGUUCUGAA